CUUUUUUUUUUCGUUUGGUUUCAACUUUGGGCAAAAAUCGAACAUCAACCCUUGCAGCAUAGCAUAGGUAGUGUAGGUGGGGUAUACAAAGCCUCGUGAUUUGCUCCUCCCUUAUUCGCCGGCGUGAAAGUUCGAUCACAUAGUUAGCUGUGGGGAUACUCUUUGCUCUUCUUUCUCGCAUAGUCGCAAGAACUUGCUCCCUGUUCUUUUUCGAUCAACCUCUUAUGCUAAUUCUUCUUUCCUUUCUCUAUACGUUGAUUAUUUCAACUUUGGGGGCUGGAAAAUAUGAAAAUGCAGAAGACCAUGGCGCAAAAUCCUUUGUCGGAAGACGUUGGUGCGUCUAUAUCAUGGAUUGAGACCUCCGACACCGUCUCCCGCCACUUCUUCUUUCAACCAGACGGCCAAUUUUCCGUGAAGGUGCUUGACGAUUCAAGACCAGUUGUCCACAAAAUGGCUGAAUCCUUCGUCAACAAAUUCUUCCCCUCUGGAUUUCCAUACAGCGUCAACGAAGGAUACCUUAGAUAUACUAAAUUUCGGGCAUUACAACACUUCUCAAGUGCAGCACUAUCCGUUUUAUCAACUCAGUCACUGCUAUAUGCUGCAGGCUUGAGACCUACCCCUGCACAAGCAACUGCAGUUAGUUGGGUACUAAAAGAUGGAAUGCAGCAUAUGGGAAAACUAAUAUGUAGCCAUUUAGGUGCACUCAUGGAUGCAGAACCCAAACGGUGGAGAAUAGUGGCUGAUGUGCUAUACGACUUGGGCACUGGUCUCGAAAUUGUUUCCCCAUUAUGCCCUCAACUGUUUCUUGAAACAGCUGGGCUUGGGAAUUUUGCAAAGGGAAUGGCUGUGGUAGCUGCAAGAGCAACAAGAUUACCAAUUUAUUCUUCAUUUGCAAAAGAAGGAAAUCUUAGCGACUUAUUUGCAAAAGGAGAAGCCAUCUCAACUGUGUUUAAUGUGCUUGGGUUAGGUGCUGGUAUCCAGUUGGUUUCAACAGUUUGUUCAUCUAUGCAAGGAAAGAUGAUUGUUGGGUCUCUUCUUUCUGUAAUACAUGUCUACAGUGUAUCUGAAGAAAUGCGAGCUGCUCCUGUUAACACAUUAAAUCCACAAAGAACUGCAAUGAUUAUAGAAGAUUUCAUUAAGACAGGAAAGGUGUCGAGCCCAGUAGACCUGAGGUACAAAGAAGAUCUGUUGUUUCCAGGGAGGUUAAUAAAAGAUGCUGGGAAUGUGAAAGUGGGUGGUGAUUUGCAUAAGGCAAUUAAGCCCUCAAGAUUAAAGGAACUUAAACAAAUGUUUCCAAAAGAGAAAUUUUUAUUAAGUUGUGGAAUUGAAAAAGGAUGGACAGAUAUGGUGUUGGAGCAUAAUGCCACCGGUGAAGAUGCUUUGAGAGGGUGGUUGGUGGCGGCAUACGCAUAUUCUUCAAAUAUUGAAAAAAAUGGGUCCGAAUCUGAAUGGGAUCAUUUACAAGAGGCUUAUCAGAAGAUGAAGGUGGUGAUGAUUACAUUGCUUCCUCAAAUACAAGCUAAAGGAUGGCAUACGGAUCGUUUUCUUGAUGGAAAAGUUCAAACUCACUGA